AAUUCAGUUUCAGUUUCAAUUCCAACGCAAAGAUGAGAACUACACGCGCUGUUUGGCUACUCUUAGCGGUCCUCGUGACCCUGCUCCACCUUAUUUAUGGAGUAGCUGCUGCACGAAACUAUAACAACAACAAUAUCUACAUCAACAACAACAACGUAAAUCGCAUGCCACCAAUGGGUCAAUCACAAAGAGGUGCAAUGAGCAUGCCACCAAAUCGCUACCAGAAUCAAAAUCAAAAUCCGAAUCAGAUUCACAAUAAUAACAAUAACAAUAACAACAGAGAACAUCAGUACGAUGUGCCGAAAAGCCGCGAGGAGCUGCGCGUGCGACAAAUCAUGGCCACGGAGAUGGGCAACUACAUGGACCCAACUCUCGAUCCCUGUGAGGACUUUUUCAACUAUGCCUGUGGCAACUGGGCUCAGUAUCACACUCGCCAGCUGCGCGACGGAGAACUGGGCACAGUCCAACAGAUAGUAGAGUCACGCAUUGUGAAGAAACUGGACGAGCUGCUGAAGCUGCCGAUGACACCGCAACAUCAUCCCAACGAAUACAGUUCCGCGAGUGCAGCCAAUGUGCGCAAAGUGGUAAGCUUCUACGAUUCCUGCGUUGCCAUCGAGGCAAAUGCCCAGGAACGUCAACAAUUUAUGAUUAAAAUACUGCAAAAACACGGCGGACUGAGGAACGUGCCGACCUCCAACUAUCAGUCUGGAUACACUUGGCAGAGGUUGCUUUCCGAGCUGCGAAAAAACUAUGGCUUGGAUAUUUUGAUCGGACUGAGUGUAGAUCUCAAUCUGGAGCAGAUGCGUGGCAAUAGCAUCUACCUAGGUGAACCGAAGCUCACGAUAAUUCCGCAGGAGCAUUGCAAUACACUAAGCGUGCAGGAGGCAGAAGUGAACAGCGAGAUUUAUAAUGUGAUACAGCAGCAGGUGGCCAACAAUCUGCACGACUGGCUGGAGAUGGAACACGGCGAGGCUGCUCGCUUUGCCGGCGACAUCAUACGCUUUGAGUUUGAACUCUGCAAGCGCAUGCAUGAAAGCGACAUCUUGCCUCCACCGCUGGACCAACAGCAGCCUGAGCAGGUGCCCGUCUAUACAGCUCGUUCACGGACCGGACAAGACCGUUUACGUCAGCAGUCUGGAAAUAAUUCGCCGUAUCCACGACGCAGCCUGGCUGAUGUAGAUAACCAAUUGGGAGCUAAUACGGUCAGUUUUAAGCAGUUCGUGGAGAAUAUUGUGGACGGCAGUCAUGUGGAUUACGUAUAUCUACGCUCCCAAAGCUACCUUAGUCACAUGGUGCGCACGAUCAAGUCGAACAAUCAUUUAACCAUCUCUGGUUACAUUCUAUAUGUGGCACUCUCGGAGCUCAAUUCGCCGCCCGAGGAGGAAGGAAUGCUGCGUCCCCAGCAGUGUGUGCGUGUGAUGCAACGGCUCUUUCCCCAGGCGCUGGGAGACAUGUUCCAGCAUCAUGUACGCCAGAAUGAUGCCCAGAAUGACAUCGAUCAGAUAUUCAACGAUGUGAUCAAAGCCUUUGAGCAGCAGCUCAAGGUGGAAUGGAUGACCGAGAACGAUAGACGUGCGGCUCGCACCAGACUCGUGCAAUAUCACACACAAUUUCCCGACUACCAAGGCGUUGAUCUGUCCGAGCUGCGCUUCGAAAAAGGCGAUGAUUACUGGCGCAAGCUGGAGAUUUCGCUGCGUUUCAAUGCGCAUCAGCAGCUGAACUCGCUGCGUGGCAACGACUUUAGCCAGCCCGACGAUGGUGGUCUGGAUGCCUUUGAGGUGCGUGCUGCACUCAUGCCACGUAAACACGAGAUCCUCGUGGGUUGGGGUCUGCUGCAGUCACCCUACUACAGCUACUACUAUCCCAAGGCCUUGAAGUACGCGCUGCUGGGCCAGAGAUUGGCCAGUGCCCUACUCUACGCCUUCGAUGACGAUGGAUGGAAUAAGUAUCCGCAGGCGACGUCACCUUGGUCCGAGGAAACAAUGUCAGGCUAUCGGAAUGUCAGCGAAUGUCAACGUGCCCAGUAUAGCAACUAUCUGACCGAUGAGCCCAACGAGUUUCGCAAUGCCACCCGCCUCAGGCAGAUUAUUGCCGAGAGCAGUGCCCUUAAUGUGGCCUUCAAUGCAUAUCUCAGCUGGUUGGAGCAACUGGAUCCUAAACUGAAGAAUCUUCUUUCACGAGAGACGCUGCCCGAGUUGAAUUAUACCAACACACAGCUGUUCUUCAUCUACUUCGCCCAAACCCGCUGCUGGGCUAAACUGGGCGAAGAACCGCCACCAAAGGGUUUGCCUCUCAUGUUGCAUACUCCUGAGCGCUGGGAUGUGAAUGGACCGCUAAGCAAUUCAGAGGAAUUCGGGCGGGAAUUCGGCUGUGCCUUGGGUAGUCCAAUGAACAGCGGCAACAAGUGUUUGGUUUACUAAGCUGACUAUCAACUUUAUGAUAUUCAAAUAAACAGGGAAAACAAAUUAGUGAUGUUUGUUUUGCUACGGACUGGCGACAGACAAGACACCCCAAACGCCAAGGACUUGUAGGAAGUAUCUAAUUAAGUGAUUAGUCAAUCUCUAGCCGAUUUAACAAUUUAAUAUUCUCCCAGGCUGCUUUUAAUCAUUUUCCUCAUUAAACUACGCCCACAUUUUCCCGAAGGGUAUAGACAAGAGAAAGUCAUUUGAGUAUGUAUUUGAGAGUAAAACAACAAAGACAUCUAUAAAUAACAUAGUUCGAGUUCAGGACAGGCGUUGGGCCAUUGUAUCCAGUGCGUCAAUCGAACCAGUUAAGCGUUGCCUGAGGUUUCUUUUCAAAGCUGAAUUAAGCACUUGAACACGAAGCGCCCAGAUGCAAAAACAACGGCAGAUAAAACAAGAGAAGACAAAACAAUACAAAAAAAAAAGAGAAAUACAUAUAUACUUCGUAUAUAUACGGGUUGAUACAAAGAAACUGCUUAUGUAGGUCGUUGUCGACCUUCAACUGCCAAUCGAUUACUUCGACUGAAACCAACUGAAAACUCACGUAUUUCCGCCAAUGUAGUUAAGCUAAACCACCAUAUCCUAUAUGGCCAUUCAUAAAAAUCGUAGAGUAAAUUAUCCUAUUCCUUUACUGUGCUUAAUCUGUAAUUCAAAACGUGAAAGAUUCUCUAGAAAAAAAAAUUAAGAAACGUUUAGAAAUAAUAAUGAAAUUAGGUAGCAAAAGAAUAAUUCAUCUGGAACGGAAACGAUCGAUCGAUUGCGAGUUCGUCAUUACAGAAUAAUAAUUAUGUAUACACACACUCGUAAUGUAUAAAUAUAUCCACACACACUUAUGAGUGUUUGCUCUUCGCUUCAGAGAACGUCGAGUCCAGAGUAUAGAAUUACGCAUAAGUAUAAACACAAUAUGGAAUACAGUUAUUCGAAUAACAGAAUCGAUGAUUCAGAUUGCAAUAGACAAAAUAAUCAGAGUUUACUUCGCAAGUAGUUUGCAUUCAUUGAACAAAGCUACCAAAGUG